GGGAAGCGCAGGGGGCGGCGGGGGCUCAUGGCCGGAACCCCCCCUCUUCCCCGCUGCGACCCCCGGCAGCCCGCUUCUGGGGCCGCCUGCACCCUCCCGGGGGUCCGAGCAGAACCGGGGGCCGGGGGGGGCUCACUUUGUCAUCAGCAUCAAAAAGACAAUCUGCGUCGCGGUGUCACCCGAUGUGGGUGGGCAGCACCGGUCCCCCCUCUGCUGAGGGCCAUCCAAGCUCGUUCUGCCUCCAGGCAAGUUGUCGCGGGGGGAAUGGGUGAGGAAGGGUGGCAAGCCCUUUUAGGAGGUCGGCGAGGCACCGCCGUCUGUUGGUGGCGUCCCGGGAGCUGUGGUGGUACCGUUACAGGGCAGCCCACGCGGGUGGAGGAAGCAGACGAGCUCGCAAGCACACACGGAUUCAAACCAGGGUGUUCAGGAGGGCUGCGUGCACUGAAUGCUAUGAGGGUCAGCAAGGCCAAGUGCCGGGUCCUGCACUUGGGUCACAACAACCCCCUGCAGCGCUACAGGCUUGGGGCAGAGUGGCUGGAGAGCUGCCUGGUGGAAAAGGACCUGGGGGUGUUGGUCAACAGCCGGCUGAAUAUGAGCCAGCAGUGUGCCCAGGUGGCCAAGAAGGCCAACAGCAUCCUGGCCUGUGUCAACAGCAGCAUGAUGUGGAUGAUGCACCAAGUUGAAAAAUCACUUUCCUGGUAGGAAAUCAUUUCAGCUGCCCGUUCCUGUAAUCCUGCCGAAGAUCUGCAAAUUAGUUCAAGCACAACAGUUGCGUUUUGCGCCCUGUAAGUGCUUAACGCGGUCAGAGAGUUUAUCAUUUAGUAUAAAGAGGACAGCGAUGCGCAGUAUAACUCUAUCAGAUACCAGGGCUGAAGACGCUAUUAUAAAACAAUCCUGUGGAGAGUGAAUCUAAUGGAAUCCACUCCUUUCAGUUCUUUAACUCUUCGAGCAGAGAGCAUCUUCUUCACCGUGAAGUUGCGGGUAAAACGUGGAUACCCAGAGUGCCGGGGUCCCAGCCUCAUCUUCCUGGAACAGCCUGGAACAGCCUCCAGCCCGCCUGCCUCUAGGUGUCAGCCUCCUACUAGAGAAGGGCACACGCAAGUCCAGAGCAGGGGGGGUUUUUUGUGUGUUUUUUAAAUCAAAGCAACCUCACAUAACACCUGUUUUACUUAAAAAGGAAAAAUUAAAAAAAAAAAAUAAUCCUAAGUUCACUCCUGUUCUUACAGAUCAAAAGAGGGAGAACUAAAGACAGCUCUGUCAUAUCUGUUUCCCAGGGUUUUUUUAUCUCAGAAAUAUUUGUAUUAAAAGAUGUUUUAAAUGAUUGAACCUGCAUGCUCUGCAGCCACCCCAAGACUUCAGCAGCAUAAGCAGCUCCAACCUUCUGCCUCCUUACGUGUUUAGCCCUUAUUUUCCUUCACCCUUGCAGUCAGACUCCUGGAGGGUAACACGCUAUGGAAUAAAACAUGACCUAACACUUGUGCACCAAAACCAAGGGGGCUGUCAUGCCUUUGCUCAAAAUAAGUGAACUGUAGAAAUAAUAUUUUCCAUCUGGAGUCUUGCAAUAUGAUGACGCUAAUUAUAAACAAGUUUAAUAUAGAAGAGUUUGUUACAGAAACCUACUAGAAGUGGGAAAGGCUAUUCAUUGCCUGCGAUUUUGACACUGCUCUAUUUUCCUGAAGGGCUGUGGGGCAAAUGGUCCUUGACCCCAGAACUAAAAGCGAUGACGGGGGCUGCAGUGGAUCACAUUUUAGAAGCAGUAGGGGUGAAGCCAGCUCUACAUAAAUAGGUCAGCCAACUAGGGGAAAUAAAUUUAAUCUACUAGCUUAGUUACAAAAUAGGGGACUAUGCUGGGAUAAACAAUUAAUAGCAAGCCUCACAGGUUAAGUUUUGUUACACAGAUUUAAUAGUAAGUGGCCACCAAACAGAAGUAAACCUAGCUUAACUUUAUUAAUACCAAAAUAAGAAAAAUAUGGCAUUCACAUUACUAUUGGAUAAAUUGCUUUGUAGCGAAACGCAGAUUACAGAACGUUACCCAGUUCAAAACAAACUUCUUGCUUUUACGUGAGCCACAAGAUAGAGGCAUUCAUAUACGAGCGAGAUGUGUACUUCACAAUUCAAAGGUGGCUUACUCGCUACGCUUUUACAUUGCUCAAUUUCCUGCA